AUGGUCCGGGGGCACGCAGGGGCUGAGCUCCCCGGGUGGUACAUUGAGGACAGGGAGAGCGGGAUGCUGUACAAACGGGGACGGCUCCUGGGAGAGGGCACCUUCGGGCGCUGCUACCAGCUGACGGAGGUGGCCAGCGGCAGGGUCUACGCGGCGAAGGUCAUCCCGCGGGCCCGGCUCGCCGCGGUGGGCAUCGGGGAGAGGGUGGAGCGGGAGCAGGAGCUGCACAGCCGCCUGCGCCACCGGCACAUCGUCCGCCUCCACGGGCACUUCGCCGACCGCAGCCACGUCUACCUGCUGCUGGAGUACUGCAGCCGGAGGUCCCUCGCCGACAUCCUGCGGGCCCGGGGGCGGCUGACGGAGCCAGAGGUGCGGUACUACCUGCGGCAGAUCAUCUCAGGGCUGCGCUACCUCCACGGACAGGGCAUCGUCCACCGGGACCUCAAGCUGAGCAACUUCUUGGUGACCGAGAAGAUGCAGGUGAAGAUCGGGGACCUGGGGCUGGCGCGGCAGGAGGCACCGGCCGGCCCCGGGGCUCACCCUGCCCGUCUCCCCAGGGCGCUCUGUGGGACGCCCGGCUACCUGGCCCCGGAGGUGUUGGACCGCAAGGGACACGGGGUGCCCUCGGACGUCUGGGCCGUGGGCUGCGCCAUGUACGCGGUGCUGACGGGCAGCCCCCCGUUCGAGGCGGCUCAGCGGCAGGGGCUGUACCGGCGCAUCCGGGCGGCGCGGUACCCGCUGCCCCCUCACCUCUCACCCCACGCCCGGGACCUCAUCGCCCGCUUGCUGGCCCCCGAGCCCGCGGAGCGGCCCAGCCUGCGGGACGUGCUGGACCACGGCUUCUUCACCCAGGGCUUCACGCCGGAGACGCUUCCACCCCGCGCCUGCCGCUCAGUGCCUGUUUUCAUGGGACUGGAUCCACUGUGCAGGCUGCUGCGGGGGGCCGCCGCGGUGCUGGUGAGGUGGCCGUGCCAGGAGUGCCGGGACUGA